GGCGGGGGAGGCUCGGGAGCGGGCGGUGACGGCGGCGGCGCCGAGGAGCCAGCGGCUGGGCCCGGGCCCCGCGCGUCUGUCCGCGCCCCGUGGAUGCGAAUCGGCCGCGGCGGCGGCGGCGGAGGCGGAGUCGGUGGGCCGGCGCCGGGCCGGUGGGAGCGCGGAGGAUGAGGCCGCGGCCGGGCGCUCCCGGCGUGGCGGCGGCCGCCGCGCUGUUGCUGCUGCUGCUGCUGCCCCGGGCCCGGGCGGACGAGCACGAGCACACGUAUCAAGAUAAAGAGGAAGUUGUCUUAUGGAUGAAUACUGUUGGGCCCUACCAUAAUCGCCAAGAGACAUAUAAAUACUUUUCACUUCCAUUCUGUGUGGGGUCAAAAAAAAGUAUCAGUCAUUACCAUGAAACUCUGGGAGAAGCACUUCAAGGAGUUGAAUUGGAAUUUAGUGGUCUGGAUAUUAAAUUCAAAGAUGAUGUGAUGCCAGCCACUUACUGCGAAAUUGACUUAGAUAAAGAAAAGAGAGAUGCAUUUGUGUAUGCUAUCAAAAAUCACUACUGGUACCAGAUGUACAUAGAUGACUUACCAAUAUGGGGUAUUGUUGGUGAAGCAGAUGAAAAUGGAGAAGAUUACUAUCUGUGGACCUACAAAAAACUUGAAAUAGGUUUUAAUGGAAAUCGAAUUGUUGAUGUUAAUCUAACUAGUGAAGGAAAGGUGAAACUAGUUCCCAAUACUAAAAUCCAGAUGUCAUAUUCAGUAAAAUGGAAAAAGUCAGAUGUAAAAUUUGAAGAUCGAUUUGACAAAUACCUUGAUCCGUCCUUUUUUCAACACAGGAUUCAUUGGUUUUCAAUUUUCAACUCCUUCAUGAUGGUUAUCUUCUUGGUGGGCUUAGUUUCAAUGAUUUUAAUGAGAACUUUAAGAAAGGAUUAUGCCCGAUAUAGUAAAGAAGAAGAAAUGGACGACAUGGAUAGAGACCUAGGAGAUGAGUAUGGCUGGAAGCAGGUGCAUGGAGAUGUAUUUAGACCGUCAAGUCACCCGCUGAUAUUUUCCUCUCUCAUUGGUUCUGGAUGUCAAAUAUUUGCUGUGUCUCUCAUUGUUAUUAUUGUUGCAAUGAUAGAAGAUUUAUAUACAGAGAGGGGAUCGAUGCUCAGUACAGCCAUAUUUGUCUAUGCUGCUACGUCUCCAGUGAAUGGCUAUUUUGGAGGAAGUCUGUAUGCUAGACAAGGAGGAAGGAGAUGGAUAAAGCAGAUGUUUAUUGGGGCAUUCCUUAUCCCUGCUAUGGUGUGUGGCACUGCCUUCUUCAUCAAUUUUAUAGCCAUUUAUUACCAUGCUUCAAGAGCCAUUCCUUUUGGAACAAUGGUGGCCGUUUGUUGCAUCUGUUUUUUUGUCAUUCUUCCUCUAAAUUUAGUUGGUACGAUACUUGGCCGAAAUCUGUCAGGUCAGCCCAACUUUCCUUGUCGUGUCAAUGCUGUGCCUCGUCCUAUACCGGAGAAAAAAUGGUUCAUGGAGCCUGCAGUUAUUGUUUGCCUGGGAGGAAUUUUACCUUUUGGCUCAAUCUUUAUUGAAAUGUAUUUCAUCUUCACCUCUUUCUGGGCAUAUAAGAUCUAUUACGUCUAUGGCUUCAUGAUGCUGGUGCUGGUCAUCCUGUGCAUCGUGACUGUCUGUGUGACCAUCGUGUGCACAUACUUUCUACUAAAUGCAGAGGAUUAUAGGUGGCAAUGGACAAGUUUUCUCUCUGCUGCAUCAACUGCAAUCUAUGUUUACAUGUAUUCCUUUUACUACUAUUUUUUCAAAACAAAGAUGUAUGGCUUAUUUCAGACAUCAUUUUACUUUGGAUAUAUGGCGGUAUUUAGCACAGCCUUGGGGAUAAUGUGUGGAGCAAUUGGUUACAUGGGAACAAGUGCCUUUGUCCGAAAAAUCUAUACUAAUGUGAAAAUUGACUAGAGACCCAAGAAAACCUGGAACUUCGGAUCAACUUCUCUUUCAUAGGGGUGGAACUUGCACAUCAAACAAAGCGCAAGAAGAGAUUUGGGCUUUAACACUGGGUACUUUGUGGGUCUCUCUUUCGUGGAUGACUUAGAGUAACAUCUGUUUCCAUUGAUCCUAGGUUCUUACUGACUGCUUUCUCCAACUGUUCACAGCAAAUGCUUGGAUUUUAUGCAGUAGGCAUUACUACAGUACAUGGCUAAUCUUCCCAAAAACUAGCUCAUUAAAGAUGAAAUAGACCAGCUCUCUUCAGUGAAGAGGACGAAUAGUUUAUUUAAAGCAUUUGUUCUAAUAAAAUAAAUAGAGGGAAACUUGGAUGCUAAAAUUACAUGAAUAGAAAUCUUCCUGGCACUUAGUGUUUCUACGUUAUUGAAAAAUGAUGUUCCAGAAAGAUUACAUUUUUCUCUUAUUUUUACUGCCAUCAUCACCUAUUGUGGGACAUUUUUAUAUAUUGAAUCUGGGUUCUUUUUUGACCUUUUUUUUUUUUUUUUUCAAUUCAACUGCAUCCUUUUUUUAAAAGAGAGAAUUAAAAAAUAUUAAAUCCUGCAUGUAAUAUAUCUGCUGUCAUCUUAGUUGGACCAACUUCCCAUUUAUUUAUCUUAAAACUAUCCAGUUACAUCUUAAUUCCAUCCAAAGAAGAUACAGUCUGAAGAUAGAGGUGUACUCUCUACAAUGCAAUUUACUGUACAGUUAGAAAGCAAAGUGUUAAAUGGAGAAGAUAUUUGUUUUUAUUAAACAUUUUGAGAUUUAGAUAAACUACAUUUUAACUGAAUGUCUAAAGUGAUUAUCUCUCCCCCCCACCAAGUUAGUCUUACAUCUUUUUUGGGUUUGAAUGAAGGUUUUACAUAAGAAAUUAUUAAAAACAAGGGGGGCAGAUAAUAAAUGUAUAUACCAUUAAAUAAUGUAACGUAGGUGUAGAUUCCCAAAUGCAUUUGGAUGUACAGAUCGACUACGGAGUACUUUUUUCUGAUGAUGAUUGGUGUAGAAAUGUGUGAAUUGGGGUGGCUUUUUACACCUUGCCUACCACUGCAUGAAACUCGGGGGUUUCUUCAAAAUGUGUGUGUCAUACUUCUUUUGGGAGGGGGGAUUCUUUUCUUUUGUUUCUUUUCUGAGACUCCUACAGGAGCUAAAUUUGUAAUUUAGAAACAUUUAAUUUUGUUAAUCCUGUGUGGGGCACUUAAGUAACAUCUAGAGCAUUACUGCUUUAGAAUGUCAAAAUAAAAUUUCCUGACCAAAUUGUUUUGUGAAAAUAGGUGUGUUUGCAAUUUGAAGAUAUCUUUUCAAAGGGCAAUAUUACUGAAAUACAAUUUUUUUAAUAUGCUAUAAACUCUGCUUUUCUAAUACAUGGACCCACACUUUAAAAUCCCCAAACUUGCUUACAUCUAGAUUAUCCAGUACAGUCACAGAGGGAAUGACAAGCCCUUUGAAUGAGCUUGUGGCACCAAAUCUGUUCAGGUUAGUGUACCGUGUAAAGUGGGGAUGGGGUAAGGAUGAGCAAAUAAAGGUUACAAUUUUCUAAGGAAGUGAUUUUAAUUUUGGAUACAUCUUUCUGGAACCGUCCAUAAUGUGAAGUUUUCCUAGAACUGUUGAGUUUCUAAGUUAAUAGUUUGCUAUGCAAAUAACCACCUAAAACAAUACUGUCUAUUUUUAGAAAGACUCCAAACAGCUGUGUUUAAACCUUAAUGUAAAACUCAUGCCAUUCAUAGUUAUAUAAGAUGUUUUCAUUACAAAAUAUGUUUAUAUAAAUUAAUAGAUUCUGCAUCCUAUGAUGUGGCAUGUAAGAACUAUAAAGAGUGAAAAGUUUGAUUUCUUACCACUUAAGUAUGGCUGACAUGAACAAACAAAUUUGAUCAGAAGCUGUAGGUAAAUUUUCUUCUUCAAGCCAAAAUGUCAUAUUAAAUGUUAUCUACUGGGUCUUCCAUUUUCUCUUCCUUCUCACCUGCCUUUAAGAUCUAAUAAGAAAGGAAGCUAAAAGUCAAUAUUUAGUGGCUUAUGUAAGGUACCUUUUUAAUUAUAACAAUAUAUAGUCUAUCUGAUGGAGCAUAAAUUGGACAGCAAGCCUUUGUCUAAUAAAAUGAAAUUUGUUUCUCAUGUAUGUUGCAGGUAGGAUGUAGAGUUUCUAAAGAAUGAGUGGUUUAGCUGCUUUCAGGUACACCAGUUCUUUUUACUAAUUGAGCUCUACUUGAAGUCCUUUGGAAUCUUCAGUGAAAAAUAAUUUUCUAAUUUCCAGAUACACUGAAGAGCUCCAUUAAAAUGAAUAUAAAUCACCUUGAAAAGUCCUUUAGAAAAUAUGUAUUGGUUUAUGGCUUCACAGAGGGGCUGGAUGUGUGUGUGUCUUGAAGAAGAUGUAAUCCACAAGUAGUUUAGCUCCCCAGCUCUCGGUUGUAGAGUAAUAAAAUAGAAUAUUAUGUAAGUUAAUUAAAGGGUGAGGUUUUUCCACUCCAUUUAUGCUGUAUAUCUAUCUUUCAUUUGUUAACAUUAUUUGCUCAACUUAUCAACUGAUGCUUUGAACACUAUCAAAAACUAAGGAUAAACUUUCCCCUUGUAUCUAUAAGCAUGCUUCUCCUGAAAUUUAGCUACACUAGUAAUUGACAUCAUUAUACAUAUAUCCUAGUACAAGAGUGGGAUCAGGUGGAAAUGUGAUAGCUGGAGGGAUGGAUGGUAAAGCAUUCUUUAGUUUAUCAUGUUGUGCUCCAAGAUUGUACAGAAUUUGCCCAGAAAUCAAGCCCCAUACUCUUAGAAUUCAUUAUAUUGUGGUGAUAUCUGAACCUAGUAAAUGGUAUGCUUGGAUGUUUUUCAUUGAGAGUGGAUGGGCCUCUUUAUAAAGGUGGUUGCUGCAAAUUCCAGUUCUUUCAAAAGCCACUUUAUUUAGAGUUUAUCCACUAAUUGUACUCAUUUUGAUAAAACUUAUCUCUUAAGUGUUUACUAACCACCUUAUGCCAAAUGUCUUGCACCUAUUAAGAUUUCCUGAAUUUUUACAAAUGUAAAAAAGAAAAAAUGUAUUAAUGUAAUUUGUUCAGGAAAAGCUACAUACCUAAGGGCUUCUGUAUAUGAAUUCUGGGAAAGAAAAACCUAUUUGUAAUCCAUACACUGCAGUUCCAUCUGAGUUUUAAGUUUAGAUUUUAGCGUGUCUUAGUGCUUCAUUCUGUUGAUUUAUCAGAACACAUAAUGGGAGUAGUGGCGUAUGAAAACAGAAGUAUUCAUUAAUGUGUCAUAUCUUCAUAAAAAUUCCAUAGUUAUGAAGCUAUAUUUUAGCAAUCAAGAAGUUAAAGAGAUCAGAGAAGUGAAAAUCUAUAAAGAUUGUUUGGAAGUGUAUACAGAAAUACACUAGACUAGAUUUCGAGGUAGGGUAGAUCAGAAAGUUAACACAUAGCUGCAGAAAUUUUGUAAGAUUUAAAUUCUAUAUGAGGAAUAAUAACUAGUUCUCUCAUGAGCAUUUUGUAAAAGCCAUCUGAUUUGACAUUCUCCUUGGAGCUGUAGGCAGAAUUGUUCAAAGACAAAAGUAAAAAUUAUUUCACUGUAUUAGGAAAUGAAAAUAAAGAAACUGUUGUGAAGGCUGCUUACAUUGAAGUACUGAUGAGCUAGGCUUGCUAAUAAUUGACUGAUAAAGCAGCAUUUGGUCUGUUUACCCUGGUUCCUCAGGUUAGGUCAUUUGAAAGUCAUAAACUUGUAAGUAAGGGCUUAAGGCAAGAAAGAAAUAACAUGGAAUUCUAUUUGAAGGACCACAGAGUAUACUUGGAAAAGCAGUCCCGCUUGGGCUUUUCAACUGGGUCAGAUUUGAAUCUGUAAAUCCCUGCAGAGCACGGACAGUCGGUGACAGAGUUGGAAGGAGACACUUAGUGCUCAGUGAUUACUUCCGUUUUGUACACACCCUUGGUUUGUGGAGGCCAUAUUCCAACUGGCUUUUUAGUAAUAGAAAUCCACUAUAUAAUGUAUCAAAUUCAUUGAGGUUCUAAUCUAGUCUGUUAAUCUAACUGAAGUUGGAUUUUUUAAAAGUAAUAAAAAGUUAAAUGUC